AGCUUUGCAAAAAGUCACUGAUUUUUCUGCAUUCUACGUUGUUUGUCCCUUGUCAGCCAAAAUCAGGUAAUUUGUGAGCGUCUUCUUUCUAUCUCUCUUUGUUGUGAGAAUGUCUUCUGAAGAGACGAUUAGUGAUGAAAGAGUGAAGGGGAGGUUUGAGGGGGUAGAGGGGAGGGAUUUAGGGGUGCUGUUGAAUAUUUUGGAGAGAGAGGAUGAAAGGGAGGAAUGUUUCAACCCUGAGGAAGAGAUUGUUUGCAAGGUGAUGGGGUAUGAAACGUCUUUGGAAAAUAGGAGUGGUUUGGCCCACUUAGUUGAGAACUAUGAGGUGCCUGGGCAUGUGUUGGUGAGGCCGGCGGGGAAGAGAAAGAGAGCUUGUUCAGCUCCGAGGGACCAUUGGAUGCCCUUUUAUUCCCAUUACUUGGCGGCUGGGUUGCGGUUCCCCUUCCCAAACCUAUUGGUGUGGUUGUUGAUGGAGUACAGUUUAGGGUUAACGCAGCUCACCCCCAAUGCCAUGAGGCUAAUAGUAGCCUUUGCAGUGUACGGUCGAAGUCGGGGGGUGGCAUUUCCAACCGCUAGUGUAUUUAAGUAUUUUUAUGUUUUGAAUGCUGGGAGUGGUAAGGAGAAGGGGUGGUACUAUUUUUCGGGUCGGGUAGUUAAUAAGAAGAGAAGGGGUUUGUUCAGUGCUGGGCCAUCUUCCAUCCAAAGAUGGAAAGACAAAUUCUUUUUUGUGGAUGACACGGAGUGGGAUAAAACUGAUGCUGAGUUAGAAGAUGUGAGGAUGUUGGACAGAGGGGAUGAAGGCCUACUGGAUGCUAUGGAGUACACGAGCCAGAAAAUGUUAGACGCGGCUGAGAUAUAUGGGUUGACCUCACAAAGUGGAGGAGAAAUGAACAAGUUUUUGGAAGCAGCUGGUGGGGUGGGCAUUCCUAAGAAGGGGAGAGGGAAGAGGGGUCGAGGGGCCUAUUGUUGCAAAAAGAAGGAGAGUGGAGCAACAAGAGGCUAUGAAGGAGGUGGCAGAACCUGUGACUUCACCCCUCCGUAUAGAGGACCUCUUCAGCCACAACUGUUGACGUGGCAGUUGCACUCCGGGAACAAGGGAAAUGUUAUUGUGGCAAAUCUCCCUAUUGCCAUAUCUCUUUUAACUCUUGGAAAAGAGACAAUGUCAUCUAACCCACCAAAUCCGAUUAUUGGACCUUCUAGGACAAAACUACUUAUUCUAAGUGCUGGUGUUGCUACAGUUCAAUCUAAUGAAAAUGAUCAAGUAAAGACUCAAGUUGUCAAGUUAAUCACAGAAGAUGAAGACGAGGCAAUUAAAGCAAAGGUGCAGUUGAUGGAGGAAACACUAAAAUCAAUGCAAGGUGUCCAAACCAAGAAACCGGUGGACAUCUCAUCUUUGUGCUUUUUCCCAAACAUUCAAUUACCACAUAAGUUCAAAUUGCCUGAAUUUGAUGAUUACAAUAGCGCUAGUCACCCUUAUGCUCACUUGACAACGUAUUGUAGGAAGAUGACUCGUUAUGCCAAUGAUGAGAAGCUAGUGAUACAUUACUUUCAAGAGAGUUUGGUAGUUAGUUGUUGUGGGAGAACAGUCGGGGAUGGAAUCAAAUCAAGUGUUAUCUUAGAUUCCCAAGCUAUAAAGGAUAUUCUUGAGCAACAUCAAAAUGAAAUAUUCAAUCAAAUGGUAGCGCUUGGGGAAUUGACUCCAAUCCUUACAAACAAGCCUCCUAAUCCUUUACCAUUCUAGUGUGAUCCACAAGCCAAAUGUGAUUAUUAUGGUGGGACCGUUGGUCAUGAUAUAGAAAGGUGUCUAACUUUGAAGCAAAAGAUUCAAGAUUUAAAGAUUCAAAAUGCUUAUAGUUUCACUCAGACAAGGUUGAUCUUAAAACUACUAGUGAUGAAGACUUGAAUAAGUGAACAAUGGAGUUUUUUUCCUAUUACUAUCAUUUUGGAAUAAAAUGUGCCUAUCAUG